AUGAUCGGUGAUCACCCAGAUAGUAGCAACAGCGUAAAAUUGAUCGUAACUUCUCCUCAAACACCCGAACGAAACAGGGUUUUCGCAGGAGAAGAAGAAACUAAUUCUGUGAUGUACAGCGAGAGGGCGAUGUAUUUGCUCAAGAAAACACGUUUCGACAUCAUGGAAACCGUUGAGCGAUCCGAAUUCCCUCGAUGUUCGUUCCCAAUUUCCAUCAGUACUGGUAAUACGCAGAUACCCUCGCCAACCUCUGCCCCGCAUCAAUUUCCGCACAACCUCUCGACGCACAUUCACCACACCGACACCACAACUCCAUUACGUGUCCUAGGUCAUCCCAAACCUGGACACAUCUUGCCGCACCUCAACGAUGACGAUAACGCCCUGGCUGCAGAGGAGAGAGAGAGUGGAGGUAGAGAAGGAGGGACGGUGGAUAUGGGUCUUUCUGAUGGGUGGUGCUAUAAGGUUACCCACUACGUCGGGUCUACAUCCAAAUCACUCCCGUUCGGCGCAGGCCAUAACUCAGGCCUCAGCUGCUUGUACUUACCUGUAGAUCAUCGAUCAGCUUCAAGGGCGUUCCCCGGUAGUUCAAAUUCAAUCGUAUUCCCUGUCGUGUCUGGUAUGGUCACUACACCCGAUGUAUCACUUCUCGCUAUUCUAUCGAUGACAUGCCGUAAAAAAAAUUAUAUACG